AUGCCGAACGAGUUCUGGAAGAGGCGUUCGCUGCGAGUGCGUGACAACCAGCGAACUAAGGCCGCCGAGCUGACGCUGCGCGAGUCAUUGUAUCCCCUUUGCUUGGUCACCAUCCUCUUCUUCCUCUGGGGAUUUAGCUAUGGACUGCUGGACACGCUCAACAAGCAUUUCCAGAACACGUUGGAUAUCACCAGGGCCCGAUCGUCUGGGCUGCAGGUAGCCUACUUUGGGGCAUACCCCUUCGCCUCGCUCGGGCACGCAGCAUGGAUGCUGCGGCACUUUGGCUACCGCGCCGUCUUCAUCUGGGGCCUGUUUCUGUAUGGCCUUGGGGCACUGCUCGCCAUCCCGGCCAUCAUCCACCAUUCCUUCGCCGGCUUCUGCGUUUGCAUCUUUGUCAUUGGCAAUGGCCUCGGCUCGCUCGAGACAGCCGCCAACCCCUACAUCACCGGCACGUCCCCGUUUUCUUUCCCGAUUUUCACCCUGCCAAUACCAUCUAACAUGAAUACUCACCAAAACAGUCUGCGGACCCCCAAAGCUUUCAACGGAAUCGGCACUGUCAUUGCCCCUGUCCUCGGCUCUUACGUCUUCUUCAACUUUGACGAGCUCACCGCCCUCCGCAACGUGCAGUGGGUGUACCUGGCCAUCGCGUGCUUCGUCUUCCUCCUCGGCGCCGUUUUCUACCUGUCGACCAUCCCCGAGAUCACCGACGCCGACAUGGCCUUCCAGGCGGCUGAAACUCACGCGGGCGAUGCCCAAAGCUCGGGCAACCUGCCGUUCCGCAAGCAGUACCGCCUCUUCCACGCCGCCUUCGCCCAGUUUUGCUAUACGGGUAGCCAGGUCGCCAUCGCCAGCUAUUUCAUUAAUUACGUGACCGAGACGAGACCGGGCACCAGCUCGGCGCUGGGGUCGCAGUUCCUGGCCGGCUCGCAGGCCGGGUUUGCCGUGGGGCGGUUCGCCGGCGCAGCCAUGAUGCACUUUGCCAAGCCGCGCAAGGUAUUUUUGGCGUUUUUGACGCUGUGUAUCGUCUUUGCGGCGCCGACCAUCACGCAGAAAGGGGAUACCAGCCUGGCGAUGCUGUUUGUGGUGAUGUUGUUUGAGUCGAUCUGCUUCCCGACCAUUGUCGCGCUGGGGAUGAGGGGGCUGGGCAGGCAUACGAAGCGCGGGUCCGGGUGGAUUAUUGCAGGUGUGUUUGGCGGUGCGUGUGUGCCGCCCUUGAUGGGGGCUGCCGCGGAUUUGCAUGGAACGGGUUUGGCUAUGGUGGUACCACUCUGUUUCUUUGUGGCAGCGUGGACGUAUGCGUUGGCCGUCAACUUCUGGCCGUGGUAUCGGGAUACCGUCGAUGCCUUCUCUACGACCGAGGUUGGAGUGCGGGAAAGGCCGGAUGGGGUGUUGGAGGAUACGGGCGAGAAUGGUGCUGGUGGAGGGGAGAUAUCAGGGAGUGUGGACGAAGAGAAGGCUGGGGUGGUGAGAUCGGAGAAAGCUUGA